AACAUAAUAGUUUAGGUGCUGGUAAUGCUUUGUCCUAAUGGCUAAUAGCACUAUGACCCACUAAGAAAAAAAAAUGUUAAAUCAGAGCCAUUGAUUGCCUGUGUGACUAUUGGCUAAUAGCAGAAAAUCACAUGGUCAAAGCUUCUUUUUAAAGGCAUGAGUGAAGUUAGUUAACAGAAGUGGUGAUUACAUCGAGGUUUGCAGGAAGGUGUUUUAGAGUGUGUUAGAAAACUUAGUCCUUCAUAAUGUGUGAACCAUUUUUGGGAACUUGGAAACUAAUUUCAAGUGAAAAGUUUGAUGACUACAUGAAGGAGCUGGGUGUGGGCUUUGCCACUAGGAAAAUAGCUGGAGUGGCCAAGCCCAAUAUAAUUAUCACCUGCACUGGGGGUGUUAUAACCAUUAAGACUGAAAGCAGUUUCAAAAACACCGAGAUUUCCUUCAAACUAGAAGAAGAAUUUGAUGAGACCACAGCAGAUGACAGAAAAGUAAAGGUGAGUUCCCUACUUUCCCUUAAAUCAUUUUGGUUGAGUACAUUUAGACUCUUGAAAAGGUAUUGUGAAUCUUCUUGGAAAUGACAAUAUAGGAACUUC